UACGCCAACAUACAUAGAUUAAAACAGAACAAUAGAAGAAAACAGUUUCACUCAAAUCAUUAUUCAGAGUCUCACCCUUCAUCCAAAAAAUGAAGAAAACGACCUUCACCACCGUCGUUUCACUCAUCACAAUUUUAUUCACGGUAAUGAUACCCCAAUCGACGGCUGAGAUCAAAUCUCUCACCAUAACCUCCGAUACCCGACCCAUGAUCCUAUUAGAAAAAUUUGGGUUCACACAUACUGGUCACGUCCGGAUCGCCGUAUCAGAAGUCUCCGUCGCCGCUUCCGCUUCACAACCCGACCCAUCCCGUCUCGGAUUCUUCCUCCUAAGCGAAGAAUCACUUCUUCAAGUCCUAAUUGAGAUCCAACAAAACCCUAGCUUCUGCGUUCUCGAUUCACACUACAUCACGAGUUUAUUCACCUUCCGCGACCUUUCGCCACCUCCAACGGCGUCGUUUAACCGUUCUUAUCCCGUCACAUCGCCGAAUGAGUUCAGUCUCUUUUUCGCGAAUUGCGCGCCGGAAACCUCCGUUUCCAUGGCCGUUCGCACGGAGCUUUUCAACCUCGACGCCGACAGUUCACGUGAUUAUCUCUCCGCCGGUCAAACUCAACUUCCUACAUUGUUCUUCCUCUUCUCAAUCGUUUACUUCGUUUUCCUCGUGAUCUGGUUCCACGUUUGUUACACUAACAAACGCUCCGUUCACCGGAUCCAUCUUCUCAUGGCCACUCUCCUCCUCAUGAAAGCUCUUAACCUAAUCUGCGCCGCCGAGGAUAAACACUACGUCAAAGUCACAGGAACUCCACACGGUUGGGAUGUUCUCUUCUACAUUUUCCAGUUCAUCCGUGUCGUGUUGCUUUUCACCGUCAUUGUAUUGAUCGGUACCGGAUGGUCGUUUCUCAAGCCAUUUCUACAAGAAAGGGAAAAGAAGGUUCUCAUGGUUGUUAUUCCCCUCCAGGUUUUGGCUAAUUUAGCUUCUGUUGUGAUCGGUGAAACGGGUCCUUUUAUCAAAGAUUGGGUUACCUGGAACCAGGUUUUCUUACUUGUUGAUAUCAUUUGCUGUUGUGCAAUCAUUUUUCCUAUUGUGUGGUCGAUUAAAUCGCUUAGGGAAACCUCAAAAACUGAUGGAAAAGCUGCUAGGAAUCUCGCGAAAUUAACCCUUUUUAGGCAGUUUUAUAUUGUUGUUAUUGGUUACCUUUACUUCACAAGGAUUGUUGUUUUUGCUCUUAAGACCAUUACUGCUUAUAAGUAUAGGUGGGUUAGUAAUCUUGCUGAGGAAGGUGCUAGUCUUGCCUUUUACAUUGUCAUGUUUUACAUGUUUAUGCCUGUGGAGAAGAAUGAGUAUUUUGUGCUUGAUGAGGAGGAAGAAGAGGCUGCAGAGAUUGCUCUCAGGGAAGAAGAGUUUGAGCUUUGAAAAAAAUAGUAAUGCUUUUAGCUCAAUCAUCACGCAUAUCAGGUUCGUCCGAUUUGCCUAUAACUGCUACAGCUACAUUUGUGGUUCAAGUCUACUGCGCUGUCACUGCAUUGCUUUUCCUCCUUGACCGUUCUUUAUUUUUUCCCCCCUUAACAUUCUAUUUUACAGUUAGAGAUAUUGGAAUACUGCCUGUAUGUUUUUAGAUUUUAUUUUGUUUGCAACACUCAUCUUGUAUUGUGCGAUUAGAAAAAGUUUGUUCAUGUUUGUACCCAUAAUCAAAUGCUACUAUCACUCAAGGAAAUGAUUGCUCAGUUGCUACCGAGUUAUUUUGUAACUCACAGUUCUUCUUUGAAUUUUCCAUAUUCACAUUCUUCUUGACUGUAAGGUUAAAACGAGCAAUGUAUACUGUAAUCAAUUGGACAUACAUUCUCUGGGAA